GUUUUACACACACAGAGCUGGAGUUACGUUCUUGCUUCAACAGUGCUUGAACGGAACGUUAGGGUUUACUUUAGGAAUCUGAUUUAUAAAACCAGCUGAAAAUGGAGACUUCUCAGAUCCGUCAGAACUACCACCGCGACUGCGAGGCCGCCAUUAACAAGAUGAUAAACAUGGAGCUUUACGCCUCCUACACCUACACCUCCAUGGCUUAUUACUUUACUCGCGAUGACGUCGCGCUCGAGGGCUUCGCGCAUUUCUUCAAAGAGAACGCGCACGAGGAGCGCGAGCACGCCGAGAAGUUCAUGUCGUUCCAGAACAAGAGAGGCGGCCGCAUUUUCCUCCAGGACGUCAAGAAACCGGAGCGUGAUGAGUGGGGCAGUGGGUUGGAGGCCAUGCAGUGCGCCCUGGAGCUGGAGAAGAAGGUGAACCAGGCUCUGCUGGACCUGCACAAACUCUGCUCUGAUAACAUGGAUCCUCAUCUGUGUGACUUCCUGGAGUCUCACUACCUAAAGGAGCAGGUGGAGACCAUCAAGAAACUGGGAGACCACAUCACCACCCUCACCAAGAUGGACUCCAGCAACAACCGCAUGGCUGAGUACCUGUUUGAUAAACACACCCUAGGAGGGAAAAGUUGAACCUGCCUCCACACUGAUCAGCAGAACUUCCAUCAUAAGUGUGUGGUAGUUUCAUGUCUAACAUCAUUAUCCUGAUGUGGAGGGUUAACUGAGCAUUUCAAUAAACAUUUUGAGCUGUU